AGGUCAUCAUUUCUUCCUGGUGGGUACAUUCAUCAUGGAAUACUCGCCGACUUGUUAAACCAUACAAGGCCAGAUCUACCGCACUCCGAUGCCAUUGCAGCAGAAAUAAAUUAUGAAUGCGAAACCCCUGUGGCCUCCCGGUCACGCACUCAAACUCCUCCAGAAAGUACAGAGGCACGAGUCUCCUCUGGAACUCGUGUACACGUCCCAUGAACGUUGGCCUUUCCCUCGACUGCCCACUCACCCGCAACGCAAACUUGACACCAUUCGUAUAUCUAUCUUAGACUCUUCCUUCAAUCCACCGACAUGCGCUCAUCUUGCUCUGGCAAACUCUCGUCCUCCACGGUAUACAAAACCUGGUCUCACGAGCUCAACAGCUGAGCUUGAUUACGAUGCAAAGCUACUGCUGCUAUCCGUGCGGAACGCUGACAAAGCACUGAAACCUGGUGAUGCAACGUAUGAGCAGCGUCUGGAGAUGAUGUACCUCUUAUCAAAGGACAUGCUAGCAUCUGUCUCGCAGCGCCUCGAGGAUAAUUCUGAACCUGAGCAUGCCAACGUCGCAAUAGCCAUCGUCGAUGAACCAACUUUUGUCGGAAAAGCCGUAGUUCUUCGGCAGUUCCUGCAUGCGCGAUGUUCAGGCAUGUAUCAUCCGGCAACUGCUCUGGAUGAGAUGGCAAUAUCACCCACUUAUGACGGAAUAUCAAUACCAGAUCCACGCCUAGUAUUCCUAUUAGGCUUUGAUACUCUCGUCCGCCUGCUGUCUCCGAGAUAUUAUGCAUCUGAAGCUGCAAUGAUGGAUGCUCUUCGUUUGUUUUUCUCGCCUACGGGAGAUAAUUGUUAUGUGGCGUGUGCUCGGCGAAAAUUGGCAGAAGUACAAGAUACGGUACAAGAGGAAGUAGAAGCGAAGACUUUAUUCAUGGCGAGGGAGUUCGUAGAGAGCGAGCGAGUUGCCUUGAUCAGCUUAGGUGCUGACAACGUCGACGAGCAAACCAGCUCAAGCCAAGUGAGAACAAAGGUUGCGCUCAAGGAUGAGACAUGGAAGGAACUCGUUACACCAUCUAUCGCCAACUAUAUCAUUCAGAACAGCUUGUAUGUUUCUUGAUGCUGCCACGAGC